AUGGCCUCGCCCUUGGAAAAACUGCCCUCGUUGAUAGAUCCCUCCUUUGUCAAAAUCGGUCCUUCAAUCUGGCUUCGUGAUGGGGCCAGCAGUAACACUACUGAACACAGCAGCGCAGCCAUCACAACUUCGCCUCGCCUUACAAUCGUGGUUCUAUUCUGGAUGGACGCACAGCUCCGUUAUGCAAGCAAAUAUAUCUCCGAAUAUACCAAACUCGCGCCCCGUGCACGGAUUUUAUUUGUCCUCACGUCUUCCUCCGACCUAUUCCUGAACACCUCCGAGGCUUCUCAAACACGACGAGUUCAGCCAGCAGUGGAUGUGUUGCUGUCUUCAACGGCCUCUGCCUCGUCCCCUGGGCUCCCUUCCGAUGAUCGGCUACAUAUCCAUCUUUUCUCGAACGGUGGUUGUGUGACUCUCCGAAGCAUCGCCGUGGCUUAUGAAAAAGCAACGAAAAACCCGCUGCCGCUAAAAUCUCUCAUAAUGGACAGCUGUCCCGGGAAGUCUACCUUGUCUGGAGCCCAUAGGGCAGUUUCAUACGGACUACCGAAGUCCUUUAUCCCUCGCCUCUUCGCGGGAGCGGCUGUCUAUAUUGCGUUAUUAUGGGCCUUUGCCUACUGCCGCCUGUUGGGCCUGGAAUUACCUACUGAGCUCGCGUGGAACGCGUCAAUUGAUACCAAACUUAUCGAUAGCCGGGCUGAACGGUGCUAUAUAUACUCUGAGACGGACGACUUGAUCUCCUGGAGAGAUGUUGAGGAACACUCCUUGCAAGCAGAGGAUAAGGGCUUCCAUGUAUCAAGAGAGAAGUUCCAGGGAUCACCUCACGUUGGGCACAUGAGACUUGAUCCGUUACGUUAUUGGGAUAUAGUCUCAUACUAUUUGAAAAUCGCAGUUAAAUAG